GCGUCAGAGGCCCCGCCCCCCGGGCCGCCGGCGCUCGAUUGCUCUUGUCUGGCGGCGGCAGCAUGGCGGCGGGAGCGGCCGAGACGGCGGCGGUGGCCGUGGAGGUCGGCUCAGCCCAGCAGUUUGAGGAGCUUCUGCGCCUCAAAGCCAGGUCCCUCCUUGUCGUCCAUUUUUGGGCACCAUGGGCUCCACAGUGUGUUCAGAUGAACGGCGUCAUGGCAGAGUUAGCCAAAGAACACCCCCAAGUUUCAUUUGUGAAGUUGGAAGCGGAGGCUGUUCCUGAAGUAUCUGAAAAAUAUGAAAUUAGUUCUGUUCCCACCUUUCUGUUUUUCAAGAAUUCUCAGAGAAUUGACCGAUUAGAUGGCGCACAUGCCCCAGAGUUGACCAAAAAAGUUCAGCGACACGCAUCUGUGGGCUCCUUCCCACCCAGCGGUAGUGAACACCCUAAAGAAGACCUCAGCGUCCGCCUGAAGAAGUUGACGCACGCCGCCCCCUGCAUGCUGUUUAUGAAGGGGACUCCACAGGAACCUCGCUGUGGUUUCAGCAAGCAGAUGGUGGAAAUUCUUAACAAACACAAUAUUCAGUUUAGCAGUUUUGACAUCUUCUCAGAUGAAGAAGUUCGUCAGGGCCUCAAAACCUAUUCCAAUUGGCCCACCUACCCCCAGCUCUACGUUUCUGGGGAACUCAUAGGAGGACUUGACAUAAUUAAGGAGCUUGAAGCAUCUAAAGAACUAGAUACAAUUUGCCCCAAAGCUCCCAAGUUAGAGGAAAGGCUCAAAGUACUGACAAAUAAAGCCUCUGUGAUGCUCUUUAUGAAAGGAAACAAACAGGAAGCUAAGUGUGGAUUCAGCAAACAAAUUUUGGAAAUACUGAAUAGUACUGGUGUUGAAUAUGAGACAUUUGAUAUCUUGGAGGAUGAAGAAGUUCGGCAAGGAUUAAAAACGUUCUCCAACUGGCCAACGUACCCCCAGCUGUAUGUGAAAGGGGAGCUUGUCGGAGGAUUGGACAUCGUUAAGGAACUAAAAGAAAAUGGUGAAUUGCUGCCUAUACUGAAAGGAGAAAAUUAAUAAAUGUUAACCUUGGUGCCCAACUAUUGCAAGAAAUCUUUCAUUACAGUGGAGCAGUUCAUGAGUUAGUCGUCAGAAAUGGACUAGGAGAAGAAAACUGCGUCUUCCCCGUUUUCGCUUUGUGUAUUCCACAAGUUUGUGCUAAAUAAAUAUAUGUUACAUUUUUUCCCACCAAAAAUAGAAUACAAUAAACAUGUUCAAAUUAAUUAAAAAUAA